AUGAUGCCCGGCACGGCAAUGGAGGCAGCAAAGCGCGGCUGCCCCGCGUUGGGGCCUCGCGGGUGCGCGCCGCCCACCUUCCUCGUCUUCUUCCUCCUGCUGGCCGUCGCUGCUUCGGCGACGGACACCAUCCUCCCCGGCGCGGGCAUCUCCGGGAACCAGACACUCGUGUCCAAGAACGGCGACUUCGAGCUGGGAUUCUUUGCCCCGGGCGCCGACAUCCACCGCUUCCUGGGCGUCCGCUUCAAGAGGAUGCCGAGCACCAGCCCCACGUUCUGGGUCGGGGACAGGGUCGGCAUCUCCGACCUCUCCGCCGCGGCGCUGGAGGUCUUCGCCGGCAGCCUGUGCAUCACGGAGGCCGGGUCUACCUGCUGGUGUUCGCCCGUGGCGGGGGCCGGGCCGCCGCCUCCCGCCGCGGCCGCGGUGCUUCUUGGCGACGGCAACAUGGUGGUGAGGGACCAGGCCAACGCCUCGCGGGUGCUGUGGCAGAGCUUCGAUUCCCCCGGCGACUCGCUGCUCCCCGGCGCCAGGCUCGGGCUCGCCGGCGACACGGGAGCCAACGUCUCCUUGACGUACAAGAGUUACUCGCACAAUGGCAGCGUCGGCGUCGACCGGAGCAGGAGGAACGGGUUCGUGCUCACCACCGAUGGGCAUCCCAGCCUUGGGACCUUCCCGGAUUGGAUGGUGACAUCACAAGACAACGGCAGCUCACUGGUUCUGAAUCCUCCGGACAGCCCUAAUCUGACCGAGUUCUUGCAGUUCCUCCUGGGGCAAGUCAGCUUGAUGCGGUGGUCAGAGGAUUCUGCAGCGGCCAAUAGCAGUGGUUGGGUACCUCGUUGGACCUUCCCUUCAGAUUGCAAAAACAGUGGCUUCUUCUGUGGCAAUUUCGGUGCUUGCACAAGCAAUGGCAAAUGCGAUUGCGUCGAUGGAUUUGAGCCUUCCUAUCCAGCUGAGUGGAACCUCGGAUCCUUUGCUACUGGUUGCUCGAGACCGAGAUCUCUUCCAUUGAGCUGCGAGACGAAUGGCCAGACUGAACAUGACGACUCUUUUAUCCUGCUGGACAAGCUGCAUGGGCUCCCUUAUGAUUCUCAGAAUGAUUUAGCAAGAAGUGAUGAGGAUUGUAAGCAAGCCUGUCUCAGCAAAUGCUACUGCGUCGCAUAUGUGUAUGACUCCGGAUGCAAGCUGUGGUACUACAACCUGUACAACCUGAGUUUUGCUUCUAGACCUCCAUACAGCAAGGUUUAUGUUCGUUGGGGCUCCAAACUCAGGGCCAAAAAUGGUUUGCACACAUGGCUGAUUGUUUUCUUGGUGAUCGGGUUAAUAGCAUUGGCUUCUGUGAUAUUGGUACUGGCGCUUCUAUGGAGAUACAGGAGAGAUCUAUUUGCUUGCAGAAAGUUUGAAGUGGAAGGUUCUCUUGUGUUCUACUCUUAUGGGCAAGUCAAGAAAGCCACAAGGAAUUUCUCUGAUAAACUCGGCGAGGGAGGUUUUGGAAGUGUUUUCAGGGGAACAAUGCCAGGAUCAACUGUUGUCGCUGUUAAGAGUCUCAAAGGUAGCGGGCAAGCAGAUAAGCAAUUCAGAGCUGAAGUGCAGACAAUUGGGGUGAUCAAACACGCCAAUCUCGUCCGUCUUCUGGGAUUUUGUGUUAAAGGAGAUAUGAGGUUGCUGGUCUAUGAGUAUAUGCCUAAUGGGUCUUUGGAUUCACACCUCUUCUCAGAAAGAUCCAGUCUUCUGAACUGGGAUCUUCGCUUCCAGAUUGCACUAGGUAUUGCAAAGGGCCUAGCCUAUCUUCACGAAGAAUGUGAGGACUGCAUCAUACAUUGCGACAUCAAGCCUGAAAACAUACUACUAGAUGGAGAAUUCCGCGCUAAAAUCUCAGACUUUGGCAUGGCAAAGCUUCUUGGACGUGAAUUCAACUCUGCAUUGACCACCAUCCGAGGAACCAUGGGAUACCUCGCGCCAGAGUGGAUAUCUGGGCGGCCCAUCACUAAAAACACGGAUGUUUAUAGCUUUGGCAUUGUGCUUCUUGAAAUAAUAUCAGGAAGAAGGGCUACAAAGAGGCUGAAAUUCGGAAGCCACCGAUACUUCCCUCUUUACGCUGUUGCUCAAGUGAACGAAGGAAAUGUGUUGUGCUUGCUGGAUGGUAGGCUGGAAGGAAAUACUGAUGUCAAGGAGCUGGACAUCGCCUGCAGAGUCGCCUGUUGGUGCAUCCAGGAUGAGGAGAACGACAGGCCAUCGAUGGGCCAAGUUGUCCGCAUGUUGGAAGGUGUUGUGAACACUGAAAUCCCUCCAAUUCCCUCUUCAUUUCAGAACCUUAUGGAGGGUGAGAACAGUGGUAUAUAUUCGGACGAAGGAUAA